GGCUUGUUGUUAACAUGGCGGCGGGAGCUACCGGCACGUCUCCAGGAGGCGGCGGGGCCCACACCCGGAAGACGGGUCUAUUUUUGGCCUAGGGUGGCGGCCGCUGCAGACCCGGAAGUCCGGGCCAGUUGCUGAAUGAGGGGAGCCGGGCCCUCUCUGUGCCAGUCCCCCCGCGCCCUCCGCCCCGACCCGGGCCCUGCCAUGUCCUUCUUCCGGCGGAAAGUGAAAGGCAAAGAGCAGGAGAAGACCUCAGAUGUCAAGUCAGUUAAAGCUUCAAUAUCCGUACAUUCCCCACAAAAAAGCACUAAAAAUCCUGCCUUGCUGGAGGCUGCAGGACCAAGUCAUGUUGCAAUCAAUGCCAUUUCUGCCAACAUGGACUCCUUUUCAAGUAGUAGGACGGCAACACUUAAUAAGCAGCCCAGCAACAUGGAGGCUGCUCAUUUUGGUGACCUGGGCAGAUCUUGUCUGGACUACCAGACUCAAGAGACCAAAUCAAGUCUUUCAAAGACCCUUGAACAAGUCUUGCAUGACGCUGUUGUCCUCCCUUAUUUCAUUCAAUUCAUGGAACUUCGGAGAAUGGAGCAUUUGGUUAAGUUUUGGUUAGAGGCUGAAAGUUUUCACUCUACAACUUGGUCCCGAAUAAGAGCACACAGUCUGAACACGGUGAAGCAGAGCUCACUGGCUGAACCUGUCUCUCCUUCUAAAAAGCACGAAACUACAGCAGCUUUUGUAACCGACUCUCUUGACAAGAGACCGGAGGAUACUAGCUCAGCCCAGUUGGAAGGAAUUGACCUGAAUAAUAGAACUAGCAACGCUCAGAAUCACUUGCUGCUUUCCCAGGAAUGUGACAGUGCCCAUUCUCUCCGCCUGGAAACGGCCAGGACUGGAGCUCAUUGAGGUUCCGUGGAAACCCAGGAAUCCUCCAGACUUAUAGUAGCCAGUAGAAAUAGUCCCUCUUCUCUACUAAAGGAAUUAUCAGGAAAAUUAAUGAAAAGUAUAGAACAAGAUGCAGUAAAUACUUUUACCAAAUAUAUAUCUCCAGAUGCUGCUAAACCAAUACCAAUUACAGAAGCCAUGAGAAAUGACAUCGUAGCAAAGAUUUGUGGAGAAGAUGGGCAGGUGGAUCCCAACUGUUUUGUCUCAGCACAGUCCAUAGUCUUCAGCGCAAUGGAGCACGAGCACUUUAGUGAGUUUCUACGAAGUCACCAUUUCUGUAAAUACCAGAUUGAAGUGCUGACCAGUGGAACUGUUUACCUGGCUGACAUUCUCUUCUGUGAGUCAGUCCUUUUUUAUUUCUCUGAGUACAUGGAGAAAGAGGACGCAGUGAAUAUCCUACAGUUCUGGUUGGCAGCAGACAACUUCCAGUCUCAGCUUGCUGCCAAAAAGGGCCAGUAUGAUGGACAGGAGGCACAGAACGACACCAUGAUUUUAUAUGACAAGUACUUCUCCCUCCAGGCCACACAUCCUCUUGGAUUCGAUGAUGUUGUACAACUGGAAAUUGAAUCCAACAUCUGCAGGGAAGGUGGACCACUCCCUAACUGUUUCACCACUCCAUUACGUCAGGCCUGGACAACCAUGGAGAAGGUAUUUUUGCCUGGCUUUUUGUCCAGCAACCUUUAUUAUAAAUAUUUGAAUGAUCUCAUCCAUUCGGUUCGUGGAGAUGAGUUCCUGGGAGGAGGUGUCUUGCUGACGGCUCUGGGCUCUGCUAGCCCCACUGAGGACUCCCACCCCGGGGUGGCCGACAGCUCUGCCAUGCAGUCUAGUGUGAAAAAAGCCAGUGUUAAAAUUCUGAAAAAUUUUGAUGAAGCGAUAAUUGUGGAUGCUGCAAGUCUGGAUCCAGAAUCUUUGUAUCAAUGGACGUAUGCAGGGAAGACGACAUUUGGAAGAGUUAGUGACUUGGGGCAGUUCAUCCGAGAAUCUGAGCCUGAACCUGAUGUAAAGAAAUCGAAAGGAUCCAUGUUCUCUCAAGCUAUGAAGAAAUGGGUGCAAGGAAAUACUGAUGAGGCCCAGGAAGAGCUAGCUUGGAAGAUCACUAAAAUGAUAGUCAGUAUGCAGCAGGCACAGUGCGAUCAGCCGCUAGAGAAGUCCACAAAGCUAUGACUCAAGACCUGAGAUAAAGGAAAUCUGCUUUUGGAAAAUAGGAGAACUUUUUUCCUUUGGUUGGAUUCUUCCCCACAGCCAGUGAAAACAGCGCACUGUAUUUCUUCUCACUGUUGUUCCCAAGAAAGAAUGGCAGACAAUCCUAGACUUCCACCAUCGGCAGAGUGUCGCGUAGACACACCUGCACGUGAU